UCUCUCUUUUCUCUCUAUCCCUCUUCUUCUAUACGACGAAGGCUUUUUCUAGGGUUUCAGGUCGCGCGCGCGUCUUUCAACGGCUCCGGCGACGAGGUCCAUGUCUCAAUUGGGUUUCUGCAAGAGCUUCUAGGGUUUUGGUUAAUCGAACACAUUGUAUUGUUUGGCUCGUGCAAUUUUUGAAGCUUCAAUUUUGAGAUUGUAUACAUCGCUGAUAUAGGGUUUCCGACUUGGGGUUUAUACGUAGAGAGAGAGGCCCAGUUUAGGUUUUCCUCUUGUAAGUUUUUGAAUUCCUUUCUUACCUUUUUUUUUUCCUUUUGCGUUUGCAAUUUCUUGAGAGAUUGAUCAAUUGGGAAAGUUUCUUUAUUUGGGUUAUUGGGGUUUUUCUAUGAGUGUUUGAUAGAUUCGCAUUGCUUGUUUUGAGCUGGGUAAUUUAUCCCCAAAUUUUAUUUAAAGUUGUUUAUGUUGCCCUGAUUUGCAAGAUUGAAUAUUGAAUUGAAUUUGGGCUUCUGGAAUCAAUAGGGCCUUUCCUUAGCUGAAAGUUUUGAACUGGGUGACGAAUUCCUUGAACCCUGGACAUCUGGAGAAGUAUUAAGAUUUGGUUGGAAUAAAAGAAGAAAAACUUAACAAUUGGUUUGAAAUUUGGUGGUUUUCGGAUUUUGGGAACUGAAGGGCUUCAAUUUUGUGCAUUUUGAAUUUCGGUGUUAUUAAGACAAGAUUAUAAGGGACUGAAAUUAUUUGCCACAGUUGAUAUGUGCAGUAAUUUGGAGUUCAUCUUAUGGCACCCACUGUCCCAGUAGACUUCACUGGACAGAAGCUAUCUAUGAUGGGGAAGUCACGCAAGUAUUCCAAAGGGCAGCUAUCUGGUUUUGUUCCGGAUUAUCGUCACGCUGUUGAGACCAUGGGUGAAUCAGAGGGUUUUGGAAGCUCAGGACGGGUGGAUACGGAAAUGACGGCUUCGGAAGACUCAUGUGCGCCUUCCAAAAGGAAAUGUAUUAGUUUGAAUGUUGACGGUCAUGAUAGUUUUGGGUUGCCUAUGCAAGUGCUUCAGCUGUCAAGAAUGUCUCGGUCUGAAAGGAAGGAUUUAGAAGUGAGGCUGAGUUUUGAGCUGGAACAGGUCCGGGACCUUCAGAAGAAGAUUGCAACUAUGAGCUCAACGAUUGUGUUAUCCCCAUCUAGUGAUAUUAGGAGUUGCAGUGAUGGGAAGACCAGGCCUCCGGUCGAGGCUUAUCAUAGACCAUCUAAACCAACUGGGCCGCAGGGUAAGAAACGAGCUCCUCAGGGGCGAAAUGGUGCCCGCAACAAAAAGAGCUUAUCUGUGCAUGUGGAGUCAGUGAAGCCAGUUGCCGCAUCAAAUGCUCAAUUGAUGAAGCAAUGUGAGAAUUUGCUAAACCAGUUGAUGAAACAUCACCAUGCUUGGGUUUUUGAAAAACCUGUUGAUGUGGUGCAGUUGAAUAUUCCGGAUUAUUUCACAGUCAUUAAGCAUCCAAUGGAUUUGGGUACUGUGAAGAGCAAGUUGACUUCUUGUGCAUACUCGAGUCCAUUGAGUUUUGCUGCUGAUGUGCGACUUACAUUCUCAAAUGCUAUGACUUACAAUCCACCUAGCAAUGAUGUGCAUAUUAUGGCUCAGGUGCUCAGUAAAUAUUUUGAACAGAGGUGGAAGGCAAUAGAAAAGAAGCUUCCAGUUGAUGUGGACCCUUUGCCUUAUAGACCACCUCUUCAUACGGAAAUCAUAGAAACUGCUACACCUAUGCCACCAUCAAAGAAGAAGAAAACUACACCAAAUGAUAGUAGCUUCAAGCCAGUCAAGCCAGAAAUUGUUAAACUCAUCAUGACUGAUGAGGAAAAGCAUAAACUGACCAUGGAGGUGGAUUCUUUGCUGGGAGAGUUGCCUGAAAGCAUUAUUGAUUUCCUAAAAGAGCAUAGUGGUGAAGGGCAAACCAGUGAGGAUGAGAUUGAGAUUGACUUUGAGGUUCUCAGUGAUGAAACUUUGUUUGCAUUGCGGAAGCUUCUAGAUGAAUAUUUGCUGGAGAAAGGGAGAAGGCUGGCAAAAGCUGAACCCUGUGAAAUGGAGAUCCUUAAUGAGCCGGGAUUUAGCAACUCUUCACUACAUCCAUGUAAAGGCAAUGACAUGGUCGAUGAGGAUGUUGAUAUUGUCGGUGGAAAUGAUGCUCCUAUAUCAAGCUUUCCUCCUGUAGAGAUUGAGAAAGAUGGAGCUCACAAAAACAGUAAAUGCAGUAGCUCUAGUAGCUCCAGUAGUGAUUCCGGCUCUUCAUCCAGUGAUUCUGAUUCCGCCAGUUCUUCAGAAAGUGAAUCACGUGUUCCUAAAGCUUCACCUGCCUUUGGUGGAGGAAAGGAAAAGCUUGGUUCUGAAGCAAAUUUAGAUCAAAAGGGAAGUGAUAUUGGUAAUUCUCAAAUUGGAAAUGAUCCAAUCAAUGGGGUUGUACCACUGGUUGGAGAGAAAUCCCUGUCUAAACCAAUUUCUGUCGAUGGGGGUGGACGCCAAGAGGAGGAGAGCACUCCACCUGAGAGGCAGGUCUCCCCUGAAAAGCUCUACCGCGCAGCUGUAUUGAGGAAUCGUUUUGCAGACACGAUAUUUAAAGCCAAAGAGAAGGCACUUGAAAAGGGUGAUAAGUUGGAUCCCGAAAAACUGCGAAUUGAGAGGGAGGAACUUGAAAGGCGGCGUAAAGAAGAAAAAGCACGCUUGCAAGCAGAGGCCAGAGCUGCAGAAGAGGCUCGUAAAAAGGCUGAAGCAGAAGCUGCAGCUGAAGCUAGAAGGCAAAGGGAACAAGAGAGAGAAGCGGCACGGCAGGCAUUGCAAAUGAUGGAAAAGACUGUUGAAAUUAAUGAGAACAGCCGAUUCAUGGAAGAUCUCGAAAUGUUUAGGGCGGGCGACGAUGAUCAUCUACCACAUUUCAUUGAGGAAGUGAGCCCAGAGCAUUCUCAAAAUGAGCUUGGUGGUUUCAAAUUGCAGGGGAGCUGUAAUCCGUUGGAGCAACUUGGUUUAUUCAUGAAGGCAGAUGAUGAUAUAGAAAUAGAGGAGGAAGAAAGGGAUCCUUCCAGGAAUGUUGAAGAAGGACCUUCUGAUAAUGAGCUUGGUAAUUUCAAACUGCAGGAUAGCAGUAAUCCCUUGGAGCAACUUGGUUUAUUCAUGAAGGCAGAUGAUCAUAUAGAUACAGAAACAGAGGAGGGAGAAAUUGAUCCACCCAGUAGACCCUCAGACAAUGUUGAAGAGAGACCGUCAGACGAUGUGGAAGAGGGACCCUCAGACGAUGUGGAAGAGGGACCCUCAGACGAUGUUGUAGCGGGACCCUCAGACGAUGUGGAAGAGGGACCCUCAGACGGUGUUGAAGAGAGACCCUCAGACGGUGUUGAAGAGGGGUCAUCAGACCAUGUUGAAGAAGGACCGUCAAACAAUGUUGAGAUGAGACCCUCAAACAAUGUUGAAGGACCGUCAAACGAUGUUGAGAUGAGACCCUCAGACGAUGUUGAAGAGAGACCAGACGCUGUUGAAGAGGGACCCUCAGACCAUGUUGAAGAGGGAACCUCAAAAUAUGUUGGAGAGAGACCUACAAAUGAUGUUGGAGAGGGACCAUCAAACGAUGUUGAAAUGAGACCCUCGAACGAUGCUGAAGGGCCAUCAGAAGAUUUUGUCGAUGAGGGACUUUCAAAAGAUGUUGAAAUGAGACCCUCAAGCGAUGUCGAUGAGGGACUGUCACAAGAUGUCGGAAUGAGACCCUCGAGCGAUGUUGAAGUGAGACCCUCAAGUGAUGUUGAAGACAGAAUUAUCUCAAAUGAUGCUGAAGAGAGACCUUUGAACGGUGCUGAAGGGGUACCUCCAAACGAAGUUGAUAUUGAAGGACAGCCAAAUGAAGUUGAUGUUGGAGAGGGACCUUCAAACGGGGUUGGACAGGUAAUUGACGAAGUUGAUAUUGAAGGACCAUCAAAUGAAGUUGAUGUUGGAGAGGGACCUUUGAAUGAGGUUGAAGAGGUAACUCCAAAUGAAGUUGAUAUCGAAAGAAGAUCGAAUGAAGUUGAUGUUGAUGGGGGACUCCCAAAUCAUGUCGAAGAGAGACCCUUGAAUGAUGUUGAAGAGGGACCUAUGAACGAGGUUGAUCAGGUAACUCCAAGCAAAGUUGAUAUUGAAGGGCCUGUAAAUGAAGUUGUUGUCGAAGAGGAACCAGGGAAUGAUAUCGCAGAGGGAGCAGUACCUGGAAAUGAUAAAGAAGAGGAGGGGAAUGAUAUGGAAGAGAGGGGACAAGAUACGGGAGAAGUACCUGGGAAUGAUAUGGAAGAGGAGGGACAAGAUAUGGGGGCAGUACCUGGGAAUGAUAAAGAAGAGGAGGUACAAGAUAUGGGAGAAGUAAUUGGGAAUGAUAUGGAAGAGGGUCCUGGUAAUGAUCUUGAAGGACUCGCAAAUGAAGUUAAAGAGGUCUCUGCAAAUGGCGGCAUUGAAGAGGUUGAAGUGGGAAGAGCAGAUCAUGUUGAAGAGACAACAACAAAUCAUGUUGAAGGAGGAACUGCAAGCAUGGUUGGAGAUUUUGAAGGAGAGAUUGAUUAAUGUCGUGCUCACAUUCUUUCUUCAUGUUUCCUUUCACCAAUUGAGGAGCAAAAAUGGCAAAUGUCUUGCAUGCCAGACGAGCUUAGAGCAGGAGAAGCAAACAAGAGUUAUGAACGGGGUGUGAGCCUGUGUUCUAUCAACUGAUUUAAUGAUUUUGAUUUGGGAUAUGGAGUGGGAACUAUGGUUGGUAACGUCAUCCAAUCAUUUUGCCCAUGGACGAUAAAACGUGGGUUUUUGAUACAAGAGGAUGUGGUUAAAUCAGGAAAUUCAAUUUUUUGUAUGUAAAAAGUAAAGCUGCAUAGAAUUAAUCAGUUGUGUUAAUAAUAGGCAGGCAGACCGUUGGCUUAGAAUUGUAAAAUAUCAGCCAAAAUUAUUGUGACAUUUUAUCCGUUUUUCUUCAGGGGAAAUGUCUUCCAUAGUUUGUGUUCUACUAGACAAUGGCAAAUGUCUUGCAUGCCAAUUCUACA